AUGAAUGUUGACAAGUUUCCUGAUGGUCCGAUGUCGUCGCCUCGACCACUAGUGACCCAAGAUGCUCGUGAACUGGUGUCACGAGAGAAUGGGUUCUACGUGUUUAUGAUCUAUGUUGUGUCGCCUAUCACCACCUUCUCUCCUCCUAGGUGGACGGACUUUAGUGGACCCAUUCUACAGGCCUCGCGAAUGGUCGCAGGCACUACCAUUCAGGAAGAGGAAGUGGAAGCCGAUGAUCAUCAAAUUCAACCUAACCCACCAAACCAGGCAAAACCCAUAACACCAGCCGACCCGACCAAUAGGACCCGACCUUUAUCAUUUACCGUGUCCUUCAGCUUGGAAAACCAUUUGAACCCGAGCCUUGCUGCUGCUGUUGCGAUGGUUUCCGAUGAGACUGGCACCUCAGCUGCCGAGCUGAUGGCUGGAUUGGUGGAAGUGCGCCGCCGUCCAGUGGACACUAGAAGUCGCUUGCGUCGUCUUGGGCAAGACCCUGUCUGUAGACUACCUUGUGGCACCUCUGAUUCAGGUGGCGAGACUGAUGGCCUUCCUGGCAGGUCGUUAAACCGCCUCUCCUUGCCGGCCAAUAUCAAUCUACCACCACAUUUGUGGCGGAGAGCCACUCAAUUUUUGGAGGGACCUAUGUCUAGAAGAGAACGACGCUGUUCUUUGUCAGAAAUCGGAUUCGGCAAACUGGAAUCAUACGCCAAAUUAGAUAUGUUAGGACAAGGAACAUACGCAACGGUAUAUAAAGGUCGAAGCCUGCUUACCGUAACUCUGGUGGCCCUCAAGGAGAUCCGUUUGGAGCACGAAGAGGGAGUUCCAUGCACUGCAAUCCGUGAAGUUGGCCAGUUACGAAACCUCCAACACGCCAACAUUGUCAUGCUGCACGAUAUCCUCCACACGGAAAAGUCUCUGACUUUGGUAUUUGAAUAUGUGGAGCGGGAUCUCAAACAAUACCUACACGAUUGCCAUGGAAUCGUUCACCCAGACAACGCGCAGCUCUUCCUUUAUCAACUCCUACGGGACUUGAAUACUGUCAUCGGCGUCGCAUCCUACAUCGUGAUUUGAAACCACAAAAUCUGCUCAUCACGGACCGUGGCGAACUGAAAUUGGCCGAUUCUGGGCUGGCACGGGUGAAAUUGAUCCCAAUCAAGACGUACUCCAACGAAGUGGUGACGUUGUGGUACAGACCGCCCGACAUACUGCUUAGUUCUACUGAAUACUCCACGCACAUCGAUAUGUGGGAUGCCGGUUGUAUUU